AUGUUGUAUCAAACCUCCAUCUCUCUCCUGCUGGGCGUCGCAUCGUUGGCCAGCGCCCAGAGCUGCGGCGGCGGCGGCAGUUUCUCAGUCGACAAUGUGCAGGAAAACUUCGGUAGCGUGACUCUACAGCCCAGGUCGGCAUUGCGGUUCUCUCAAGGCAAUGCCCAGAUCUGCAUCGUCAAUCGAGCUCCGAAUACCGUUGUUACCAUCUCUGGUAAUCAAAUCAAUGGAGCCAUUUCCGCCGUGUUGAAUAAGUGCUGCACGAAUGCUGGCAGCUGCGGCGGCGGUCAACAGAAGAUUACCGGGCCCAACGGCAACGUUAUCGAUCUCUCCGUCCAGGCUCAGGGACAGAACUGCACCCCAUAA